UGGCCGUGUUGACGCGCGCGUUCAAAACAUAGGGGCACGUGAAGGCGCACGCGCGCUCUGUCUCAGACGCACGAGGGCUUUCAGAGGAGCAGCACCGGACCCGAACCUGCGAAGAGAGGAAAACCAUGAGGGAAAUAGUUCACAUCCAGGCGGGACAGUGCGGGAACCAGAUCGGAACAAAGUUCUGGGAAGUGAUCAGCGACGAGCACGGCAUCGACCCUGCAGGAAACUACGUAGGAGACUCGACUCUGCAGCUGGACCGGAUCAGCGUCUACUACAACCAGGCGUCCUCACAUAAAUAUGUCCCCCGCUCAGUGCUGGUGGACCUGGAACCAGGAACCAUGGAGAGCGUUCGGUCCGGAGCGUUCGGGCAGCUGUUCAGACCGGACAACUUCAUCUUUGGUCAGACAGGUGCGGGGAACAACUGGGCCAAAGGUCACUACACGGAGGGGGCGGAGCUUGUGGACUCGGUCUUGGACGUUGUGAGGAAGGAAUGUGAGCACUGCGACUGUCUGCAGGGUUUCCAGCUGACACACUCUCUGGGCGGGGGCACCGGUUCCGGCAUGGGCACCCUGCUCAUCAGUAAGAUCCGAGAGGAGUAUCCCGACCGCAUCAUGAACACCUUCAGCGUGAUGCCGUCACCAAAGGUGUCGGACACGGUGGUGGAGCCCUACAACGCCACGCUGUCGGUCCACCAGCUGGUAGAAAACACGGAUGAAACCUACUGCAUCGACAACGAGGCGCUCUACGACAUCUGCUUCCGCACCCUGAAACUCACCACGCCCACCUACGGCGAUCUCAACCACCUGGUUUCAGCCACCAUGAGCGGCGUGACCACCUCGCUGCGCUUUCCCGGCCAGCUCAACGCAGACCUGCGCAAGCUAGCAGUCAACAUGGUUCCGUUUCCCAGGCUGCACUUCUUCAUGCCAGGUUUCGCCCCCCUGACGGCGAGGGGCAGCCAGCAAUACAGGGCGCUCACCGUACCCGAGCUCACCCAGCAGAUGUUUGAUGCCAAGAACAUGAUGGCGGCAUGCGACCCCCGCCACGGGCGCUACCUGACCGUCGCCACGGUCUUCCGCGGACCCAUGUCCAUGAAGGAGGUGGACGAGCAGAUGCUGAACAUCCAGAACAAGAACAGCAGCUACUUUGUGGAGUGGAUCCCCAACAACGUGAAGGUCGCCGUGUGCGACAUCGCCCCCCAGGGGCUAAAGAUGGCCGCCACCUUCAUCGGCAACAGCACGGCGAUCCAGGAGCUGUUCAAGAGGAUCUCAGAGCAGUUCUCCGCCAUGUUCCGGAGGAAGGCCUUCCUGCACUGGUUCACGGGGGAGGGCAUGGACGAGAUGGAGUUUGCCGAGGCGGAGAGCAACAUGAACGACCUGGUCUCCGAGUACCAGCAGUACCAGGACGCCACGGCCAACGACGGCGAGGAGAACUUUGAGGACGAAGAGGAGGAGGUCCAGGACUGAGGAGCUGAAUCGUGAAGAACCAAUGUGAUGAUUCCAAAAGUGAAACUAAUAAACAUUUCUGAAGCAUUAAAAA